AUGGAUCAAUCACAGAAACCGUCCCUUGGAGCAUUGCAACCAUUUAUCCACCUGGCGAACUCAUCUACAUCUCACAGUCCGCGAUUCAUUGCUAAUAUCAUUACAAAUGCUACCUCUGCUCCAAAUACCUUCAUAUUUGCCGAGCUACUUGAGACCCAAGCAGUCCAAUCAUUGGCACACCCGGACACGCCUGAAGAAUACCGAUCUUAUAUAAAACUACUAGAGAUAUUCGCUUGGGGGUCAUGGGAAGAAUAUCAUGCAACUCCCAGUCUCCCCGCCCUGAGCGAACCCCAAGCAUUGAAGCUCCGUCUUCUAUCUCUCCUCACUCUCUCUACCACAAAUAAUCCGCUUACAUAUCCCAUUGUUAUGAAAUCACUGUCCCUCAAAGACCAUGUGGAACUUGAGUCCCUCGUGACAAAGGCAAUAUACUCCUCCCUCAUCUCUGCGCGUCUAUCUCCUACAACGACCCCGCCUACCAUAAACGUCACUUCUGUGGCUCCUCUUCGUGAUGUCCGCCCUCAAGCAGUCGAUGGGAUGAUAUCAACACUCACAGAAUGGCAAGGGCGAUGCCAGCAAGCGAUCGAGGGGAUCGAAGCAGAGAUUAACACAAUAAAAGCCGAUGCGGCAAAGAAGCGAGCAAUGGAAAAAGACAGGAGCUAUCGUUUUGAGAAAAGUGUCGCAGGCUGGUACGGAGAUCAAGAUGAGGGCGAGGGUGGUAAUAGCUCAAAGGAGUCUCGGGCCCAAAAACCUUUUAGCAAAGAAACUUCGCUCGGCGGCAGUGCAGCCAAUGCAGCCAGACGGUUUUUCGGGGGCGGAAAUUCUUCCAAGGGGAAUAAGCGGGAGUUUCAUGCUACAGGAGGCUAUUCAGCUAACGACCAGGAUAGCAUGGAAGUAGACCCUUCGACCCAUCCAAGGUCGAUGAAGGCUAAACUCGAGGCACAGAACGUUUGUUAG